AUGCUCCCGGGAGAGCCUGAGCAAUUUCCAUUAGCAGCUCCAGUGCUUCGUCGUGACUUCUACGUCGAUAAUCUACUAACUGGCUCUAACGACGCGGAAUCUCUCGCCAUUACCUGCAAAGAGCUUAUCGCACUGCUUGCUUCUGCAGGACUUCCACUCCGUCAAUGGUUUUCUAACAGCCAAACCGUUCUUGAUGCCAUUCCACAGGAGCUUCGGGAAACUGAAACUUUACUCGACUUGGACCAUGAAGCCUCCGUCACAACGUUGGGUUUACGAUGGGAGCCUUCUACCGAUCUCCUUUCCUUCAAGCAACCGAAGUGGACGGAGUUUGCCACGUUAACGAAACGUGCAAUCCUGUCACAAAUCAGCAGUUUGUUCGACCCACUAGGUCUCAUCGGACCGACCAUUUCGAAGGCAAAGAUUUUGCUCCAAGGAUUAUGGAAACUCCAACUCGACUGGGACGCGGCAGUCCCACCAGUAUUUGUAAGCAAUUGGCAGGAAUUCAAGCAAAACCUCACCGUUCUCACUCAACUACGUAUUCCUCGACACGUUCUCAGUCCAGGUUACGCAAGGCUGGAAGUUCACGGCUUCAGCGAUGCAUCAGAGGCUGCAUAUGGUGCAUGUCUGUACCUCCGGUCGAUAACAUCUGCGGGAUCCUGCACAGUUCGCCUCCUGAUGUCAAAAUCAAAGGUCGCUCCUAUAGAUACCAAAAGCAUUCCUCGACUCGAGUUGUGUGCUGCUCUGCUCCUGUCCAAGCUUCUGGUUCAAGCCAUGGACAGCUUCGAUAUUUCCGCCACGAUAUAUUUGUGGACGGAUUCCACCAUUGUCUUAAAUUGGCUCUCCGCAACACCGUCUACGUGGAAGACGUUUGUGGCCAAUCGUAUAGCUGAGAUUCAGGAGAUCACCAUUCAUGCUGUCUGGAAUCACGUUCCGUCCAAGGACAAUCCAGCGGAUUUCAUCUCUCGGGGCAUGAAUCUCGACGAACUCGAAAGGAGUUCACUGUGGUGGCACGGACCGCAGUGGCUUGGCACGUUAGCUAUACCAUGGCCUGCUAAGUACUCUCCAACAAAAUCGUUACCGUCGGAUGAAUCAGAAGCUCGCAAGAUCGUCGUACUUCCAGUCGUUGAAGAUGAAACGACCAAUGAUUUAGUGUUCCGCUACUCCAGCCUUCGUCCGCUGCUUCGAAUAGGCUCUCUCAUACGAAGGUUUGCCGAGAAUUGUCGGCGUAGCAAGAAUCAUCAAGAUCCUCUUGUGGGGCCGCUCACCGCAACCGAAAUCGAUCAAACUCUACUCGCUUUUGUGCAUCGAGCUCAAGAGCAGCACUUUGAGAAGGAAAUCCGUCAACUUUCCACCACUUAUCAAGUAGAUCGCAAGUCCAAGCUCCGAUACCUUCAUCCACAGCUUGUGGACGACAUUAUUCGUGUCGGCGGUCGGUUGCACAACGCACAGAUCCCGAUCGAAGAGAAGUAUCCGAUCGUCCUCCCGGCCAAGCAUCGACUGACCGAAAUGAUAGCGACCAAAGAGCACCAGAAAACGCUCCACGCUGGCCCUGGAUUGUUGCUUUCGUCCUUACGUCAACGAUUUUGGCCUCUUGGCGGUCGGAAUUUAGUUCGCCAGGUCAUCCACCGAUGCAUGACGUGCGCCCGAGCUAAACCGAAAUCUCUCGAACAGCUGAUGGGACAACUGCCUCCUGUUCGGGUCAACCAGGCGUACCCAUUCCAGAAUGUCGGCAUAGACCUGGCCGGCCCGAUCUACGUGCGCACAUCGGUGAGAAACAGACGUACUCCGUUCUUCAAGGCAUACAUCGUGGUCUACGUAUGUCUCGUAACCAAAGCCGCUCAUCUCGAUCUCGUGUCUGACCUCACCAGCGAGGCAUUCAUUGCCAGCCUUCGAAGAUUCACCGGUCGUAGAGAAAAGCCUGCACAGGUAUAUUGCGAUAACGCGACAAACUUCGUGGGGGCGAAGAGAGAGCUAGAAGAGCUACGGAAACUGUUCAUGUCCCAGCAGCACAAGGAGUCGGUAGCGCGAGAGUGUUCAGAAAAUGGAAUCCAAUUCCACUUCAUCCCACCACGUUCGCCUUCGUUUGGUGGAAUCUGGGAAGCCUGCGUGAAAUCAGUCAAGACCCUGCUCCGCAAGAUUCUUGGCAAUGCACACCUCACUGAGCCUGAACUACAAACUGCUCUAGUGCAGGUGGAGGCAAUGCUCAACUCACGCCCUAUUACUCCACUACCAGACGAUCCUUCCGACGAGUUCGCUCUCACUCCAGGACACUUCCUGAUCGGCAGACCACUGAACGCAAUGCCCGAUCCUGACCAGCAGGACAUUCCCGAGUCCCGCUUGACCCGGUGGAGACGAGUACAGCAGCUCACCCAACAUUUCUGGUCCCGUUGGCACAAGGAGUAUCUGGCUACACUGCAAAAUCGCUACCGCUGGAAUCAAGUUCUCGACAACCUCGCCGUCGGUUCCAUCGUCGCCCUCAAGGACGAGAAUGUUCCGCCACAAAAAUGGCCUCUCGGGCGCGUGAUCAGCAUCCACCCUGGUACCGACGGAAGAGUGCGGGUCGCCACAGUAAAGAUCAGUUCAGGAACAACCAAGCGUGCCAUCUCAAAGCUGUGCCUACUUCCAGUCGAGAUUGAUCCUGCCAUCGUAACUUCGAAUGUGGUUCAAAACAUCAGUAAUUCUGUUAAAUCGUCGUUAGAAGAAGACCUUCGCUUGAGGAACCAAGCCGCUGGACCAGCUCCCGGCCCUUGCUCAGGGAACAGAGCCGCCGGACGAGUUCCCGGCCCCUACUCGGGGAAACGAGUCGCCAGACGAGAUCCUGGCCCAUGCUCGGGGGAAUCGAGCGGUUCCUGA